AUGCAAAUCUCUACGCGCGGCGCGAUGUUAUCCGCCUUCACCGCGCGAGCCCUGGUGGACCUCAAACCCCGCGAUCGCUCCCGAAUAGACUCCGUCCUCGCCUACGGAGACAGAAUCCUCGCCGGCCUAAACAACGGCACUCUCCGCAUCUAUCGCGUCACCGAUACCCUGAGCGAGGAAGCUCACGACAGGAAUGACAAUGACCACAACAAUGACAAUGACGAUGGCGGCGAUGGUGGUGGUGGUGGCAGCAAGACCGAACUCCUGCGCGAACUGGACAAAUUCGCCCGCUACAAGAUCGAACAACUCGCCCUGGUGAAAGAAGCGAAGGUCCUGGUCAGUCUGAGCGGGGGUGUCGUCAGUCUGCACGAUUCGCAGGAUUAUGGGCUCUUGCAAACGUUGGCCCAGGCGAAGGGUGCUUCUGUUUUUGCCAUUACGUCGAAUGUUGUGAAUGAUCCUGAUACGAAUGUUCCGGCCAUUGUGUCGAGAUUGGUCGUUGCUGUUAAAAGGAGGAUUCUUAUGUGGGUUUGGAGAGAUAUGGAGCUUGAAGAUGAGGGCCCCGUUAGUGAGUUGAGUCUUCCUGCUGCUGUUAAGACGUUGGAGUGGGUGUCUGCGACGAAGAUUGUUGUCGGUCUUUCGUCCGGUUUUGUUAUGGUUGAUGUUGUUUCCGCUGUUGUGGAGGAGUUAUCUGGGGGGUCCGGGGAGUAUGGAGGAGUCUUCUUCUGCUGCUGGGAGGUUUACCGGCGUUGGUGCGGCGAGUAUGAGUUACAUUGGGAUGGGUGGGAUGGUGCCGAGGCCGUUGGCGACGAGGUUGAGGGAGGGCCAGAUUCUCCUGGCGAAGGAUAUCAAUACGCAUUUUAUCGAUUUGCAGGGCCACUCGCUUGGGAGGAGGCAGAUUACUUGGUCGCAUGCGCCGGUGGAAGUCGGGGGGUGCUGGAGGUGCGGAAUCCCGAGACUCUUUCGUUGCUGCAGUCUAUUCCGUUGCCGGCUGCGAGUAUUUUGCAUAUUCCGCAGCCGAAUAUUAGUCUUGCGCAUGCGGGGAAGGGAUUUCUUGUUGCGAGUGAUCGCACUAUUUGGCGCAUGGAGGCUUUGAGUUAUGAUACGCAGAUUGAUGCGCUGGUUGAAAAGGGUUAUCUUGAUGAGGCUAUCAGUCUCCUUGGUAUGCUUGAGGAUGCUCUGGUCAAGGAUAAGGCUAGCCGACUUCGCUCGGCGCAGUUGGAGAAGGCUCAGAGUCUCUUUGCUUUGCACAAGUUCCGUCAUUCUUUGGAUCUGUUUACUGAAGUUUCUGCUCCGCCCGAGACUGUUAUUCGCCUCUAUCCGAAGCUCAUUGCUGGUGAGCUCUCGGCAGUUCCGGUUCAGGAUCCCGAAGAAGCUGCCGCCAACGUCAAUGCCAAUGAGUCGGAUACAAAACCCAGCGGUUCGGAUGGUUCGUCUGAGCCUCCAGUUGGACAGUCCAUGUAUGCAACCUCGGUGCUGUCUCUACUUCGCAGGACCGAAGAAGGCAGCGAUACGAGCAGCGUUCGGGGUGAAGACAAGGAUAAAGAGAAGGACAAGGACAAGGAGCUUAAGAUGGCUGUUCGAGAGCUGCAAGGAUAUUUGGCAGAUGUUCGACGACGUUUCCAGCGUUUCCUCGGACCCGAUGGAACCCUCAAGCUCCCUGUCCCUACAGCUAGUACGGAUGAAGCCAGCGCUUCUGUUCUGAAAUUACUCGACUUUCCCUCGGAAGAUGAGUUUCUGGAUACCAUCCGUGACAAGGCUCGACUGGUCGACACCACGCUUUUCCGCGCUCAUAUGUACGCUACACCAUCGCUUGCAGGAUCUCUCUUCCGAAUUGCCAAUUUCUGCGACCCAGAGGUCGUGAUGGAGCGAUUGGAAGAAACGGGUCGAUACAACGACCUCAUUGACUUUCUCUACGGGAAGAAGCUGCAUCGACAAGCUCUGGAGUUGCUUCAUCGAUUUGGGCAGGAAGAAUCGGGUCUGCUCAGCGAUCAAAUAGACCUGAUCCUUGAGUUUGCAGAUUGGCCUGUUCGCACCCAGCCCGAACUGGGGAUGGAAAUUUUCCUCGCUGAAACUGAGAAUGCUGAGACGCUGUCUCGCCCGCGUGUACUCUCGUUCCUCGAGGGUAUUGAUGCGAAGCUUGCCAUUCGGUAUCUCGAGCAUGUCAUUCAGGAAUGGAAUGACCUGACACCGGACCUGCAUCAGCGCCUGGUGGUCUUGUACCUGGAUCAGAUUACUGCGCACAAGGACAGCGAUGCGGACACAGACACAGCCACGGAGUAUAGUUCCAAGUUCCUGGCCAUGCUCAAAGACAGCGAGCAGUAUUCUCCCGCAAAGACCCUGGACCGACUUGACCGCGACGACCCCAAUUUCUACGAGGCCCGAGCUAUUCUAUUCAGCAAGAUGGGGCAGCAUCGCCAGGUACUGGAGAUCUACGUGUUCAAGCUGGAAGAUCACGAAAAGGCAGAAGAAUACUGCAACCACGUCCACCUCUCAGAAGAACAAGACCAAGAAGACACCAUCUACCUCACCCUCUUAUCCCUCUAUCUCACACCACCCCACAACCAGAAAAUCCAGAAUGGGCCCGCCCUCGCCAUCCUCGCCAAACACGGUUCCAGACUCCCGGCCGACGCCGCACUAGGUCUGAUCCCAGCCGAGCUGGAAGUGCGCGAACUAGAAUUCUACUUCAAGGGCCGCAUGCGCGCGGCCAAUUCGGUCUUCAAUGAAGCUCGCAUUGUGACUCAGCUUCGGAAGGCGCGGGAUCUUCAGAUCCAGGCCCAGCUUGCUCUUGGCGAUGGGGUUAUCAGCGGUGGGACACGCGCUCGACAUGUCACGGUCACGGAGGAACGCAUUUGUGGGGUUUGUCAUAAGCGGUUGGGUGGGAGUGUGAUUAAUGUUUUUCCUGACAACUCCGUCGUGCACCUUGGCUGUGCGAAUCGAGUUUCCAGUGUUCGGGGGUAG